GUGUGAAGCACCUGGUGUGACCACACCUCUGGCUGGGGCUGCUGGAGAGAGAGUGAGGGCGAGCGAGCUGGUGCUGGGUGCGGGAGUGCGGGGGAUGGGAGUUGUAACAACCCAGGCUGGAGCCACCACCCUGAAUUAGGGAGCGGAGGUAAGGUCCUGGGCCCCUGUCGGCGGUGUUCCCGGUGAAGACCACCUCUAGAUGUGGGAGAGCGGUUACCAGUUCGACUCCACUUUCUUUCUCAGGAGCCAAUCUCCCCCCACAUUUGGACCUUACCUGACCCCAGCAGGACUAGUUAGUAAGGAUAACAAUAACAACAACUACUACCGUUUGUUGAGGACUUACUACAUCAUAGGCCCUCUACAAAGCACUUUCCAUGUAUUAGGCCAUGUAUACCUCACACCAACCCCUCAAGUGGGUUUUAUUAUGUUCUUUUUACUGAUAAGGCAGUACUGGAACUCCUUUCAUUUUACAUGACUUGCCUCAAGAGGUCACACAGCCAGUGAGGGAUUCACAUUCCCUCACAGGGAUUCACUGUCACUCCCUGGACAGCCAACUUGAUUCUGUGUUAAGAACCAAGCUGAUCUGUGGGUCUGACAGAGGAAGGGUUAAGGAGGUGAAUGGCAGAGAGAAGGGGUGGGGGGUGCCUUCUCUCCCACCCUCCUCCUCCUCUUGAGGCCGAGGCUGAGGGCAGUCCCAGGAUGCUGAACAAUCUCUGUGGCUGCCGCCAGGGGGAGACAAAGGCCAAGCUAAGCGCCUGCCUGCGGGGAGGAUGGUACUUAUGGUGGAAGAGGUCCGUACCUAAACCUGGUGUCAGGGAAUUGAUCACUAGGCCUCCAGAGGAACCUCCUACCCCAUGCAUGGUCCAGAUGGGGACAAGGCCCUUGUGGUCCUAAUGCAAGUCAGGGGUAGCCCUCAGGGACCCCUGGCACCCAGCUGAGGGUUGGGACUCUACCUCUGAGCUCCGCUGGCAGAGUGCUGCCUGAUCAUAACCCUCUCCGUUCCCUGGGCUAAACUGUGCCCCUAGAACGGGUGGCUUUCCUGGCAGCUUCCACAUGAAAAUCUCAAUAGUCAUUCAGGUUUGUAGACUUGUUAUAAUUAUGCCUGCACUCUGAACAGAGACAGCCAGAGAAAAAGAAGUCAUGAGAAAAAAAAUCAGACCCUAAGGCACAUACAGGCAGACCGGGGGACAAAGAACAUGCUGUGCUAUGAGUAUUUCCCUCCUGUUUGAGAAAAACUGGAGCCAGCUCUAAGAUAAAUGGCAUAAACAAAGGCAAAGAUUGAAGAAAAAAAUAUAACAUCCUGGCUAUUUUUAUUAUUCAGUGUUUCUGGGACAAUUUACUUACCACUUUGCCGUGUCACCCAGCUCCCUAAGCCCAGCUCUUCAAAGCACACACCAGGGUGUGGCUGCAAGUGGGCCACAGAGCCAGGACCCAGAUACCCCCUGGCUCCAGCACCAGAUGGUCAGCAGGGACGUCAUCGGCUCCCUUGGGCUCCAGAACAGCCCCCUGACCAUACCCAAAUCCUAAGGCUCUCCUCUCCCUGAAACUCUCACCUCCUAUUCCUGGCAUCGUCACACCUCCUCCAUCCUCAGACUGCCCCAGAACCUGGCGGGAAGAUCGACACCUCUACUUGUCCCUGAGGCAGCAGAGAGGAAGAGGGAGAAGGAGGCAGGGUGGGAAGAAGCAGACUUGUGAGAUGCUCUGCUCAGAACUGAGACUCUCUGCUCUGGCUGGCCCUGCGGGGGGGGGGGCAUAAGGCCUCAGCUAGAACUGGGGAUUGGGCAUCCUCAAGACGGGUCCCCUUAUCCCCGGCCACACGCAGUGGCUCAGGGCCCAGAAACGGGCUUCUUCCCAUUGCCUCUCUCCUCCCCAUUACUCCAACUACAAAGCCCUCUUAAACCAUACGGAAUGUCCCUCACUUUGAGACAAAUUCACAGACCACCUCCUUCUCCCAUUUGUCUAAUACUGUCACAUCUAAAAUCUUACCCUGUAAAAGAAUUAUAAAAUUGCAAUUAUGUGGCAUUUUUUUUGAUUAAAAAGUGGGUCUCAGAGUUUGGUUCCUAAGCUGGGGGUCACACCCACCAUUCAUAGGGACCACUCACAAGCCUAUGGUAGCCCUCCUGCCUGCCCGCCUCUACCCUCAUACCUCCCCUGGGCCUUCCUGUCCCUGAGGACGCCACUCCUGGGGUAGAGAUACUUGCUAUUCCCGCCUCGAUUUUAACAGCGGAGGGUUAACAUAUCAAUCUAGACGAGCGUUGUAGACUAGAAUUUUGUGCAAAUAAUUGGAAUAUUCUAUAUCUUUUCUGCCCAAUACAGUAGUCCCUAGCUCCAUGUGGCUAUUGAGCACUUGAAAUGUGAUGAGUGCGAAUGAGACAUUUAAUUUUUUAACUUUAUUUAAUUUACAUUUUAAUUUAACCACAUACGGUUAGUGGCUACAGUAUUGGACAGUGCAGUCUAGAAUCUUCAAGGCUCAGAACCCAUGAGGGUCUGAGCAAUCACUCCUCGCGCUCAGCGCACCGCCCCCCCCGCCCCGUCCCCUCGUCCCCUAGUCCCCAGAAUCCCCAAGACCUCGAGAGUUUUGAGGGCCCUCACGGAGUUACCCGAGCCUGCACCGCGAAGAAGUCCAACCGGGCGGGACCGCGGGGGCCGCGGGUCUCUCUGCCUUCGUCUCGCCUCGGCCGCCAGGGGCCGCUGCGUCUCCCCCCGGCCGGCCAAGCGCUCCGCGGGUGGCGGCGGCGGGGCCCGCGCGGGGCUGGUGAAGCGAGGGCGGCCCCGGCGAGAAGGAGGCGGCGGCAGAUGAGCGCUCCCCACCUGCCGGCCCGAGCCUCGGAGGGACCCCGGCUGAGCUCUGCAGCGCCGACGGGCCCGGAGCGGGAUCAGGCAUGACCAUGAUCCCGGUUUGGCCAGAGCCCCGCUGCCUCGGGGACACAGCAACUUGGUAAGGGGGACAGGGCUCCGGAUUAGACAGCACCCGAGCUGGCCGCUCCAGCGCGAAGUCUGCCUUUCCGAGUCUUGGUCCCGGGCUUCGAGGCCGGGGGAACCUCAGGCUGGCGGUGGAACCGGUGGCACCGCCGUGGGCCGGGUAGAGCGAGUCUGAGGCCAGUGGAUGAACAGACAGAAGCUGAAAGAUCCCAAAAAAGGAUGCAUGACAGGGCUGCGCAGAACUGGAGCACUGGCGGCUGGCUGCUGGCACUUUGCUUGGCUUGGCUGUGGACCCUCCUGGCCUCUGCUUCCUUGCAGCCUCCAGCUCCCACAGUCCUCGUGAAGCAGGGCACCUGUGAGGUGAUUGCUGCUCAUCGCUGCUGCAACCGGAACCACAUCGAAGAGCGCUCCCAGACUGUGAAAUGCUCUUGCUUUUCUGGCCAGGUGGCUGGCACCACGCGGGCAAAGCCCUCCUGUGUGGACGCCUCCAUUGUCCUGCAGAAGUGGUGGUGUCAGAUGGAGCCCUGCCUGCCGGGGGAAGAAUGUAAAGUGCUUCCAGACCUUUCGGGAUGGAGCUGCAGCAGCGGACACAAAGUCAAAACCACCAAGCUCACACCUGCCUUCCUCUAGUCCAACUGCCGUGACAGCACCCGAGAGGAUUAUUAUUUUCAUGGUUUGCUGCCUGCCCUGCAGAACAAGGCAAAGGAGCAAACAGAAAAACAGAGAAGGGAAGGUGGCCCUCGGGGUUCUGAAGAGAGCGGAAUUCUCCUAGAGCACGGAACAGAGGGAACUACAGCAAGAAAAAGUAUGGCUGCAUAUAAAGUAGAGCUUCCUGUCUGCAGGCAGGUCACACGAUAGCUCUUGGGGUCAUGGCCUGGACAGGACAGCCUGACUGAGCCACAGACUGAAGAAUGGUAUCCGGUUAUCAGCCAGCAAAUAUGGAGAUUCUCUUACGUGGACACGCGGCCCUGCCAAAUGCAGCAUCCCUCUUCCAGGGGCGUUUCAGUUAAGCUGCUCAGCAGAGGUGGACAGAUCUCCAGCCACAUACCUAGUGUUGUGCUGUGCUCUGCCGGGGCACACAGAAGAAGGUCAAGAUACAAUUCCUGCCCUCGAGGAAUGUCCAGUCAAGUUGGAGAGUUGACAAAAGACAAUUUAGAUAAGUUAGAUUAAAGCGUGUGGUAUCAGACUGUGGCUUCUGGGCCAUAUGCUGUGGGCGUGUUGGGGGCAUGGGGCUGAGACUCCCACAGCUCUUCAGCCACCCCCUGGCCACAGGGCACAGAGACAAAGGUCACAUUCUCUCCCUACCACUUCCCUUCCUCACAUCAGUCCAAAGACCCCAAAAGCAGCUGACAUACUGAAGGAAAACCUGCUCCCCUUAUGCCAGACCAGCUGGAUCUCGUUUGGAUGGGACUGGCUUGAUCUGGGGAAGGAAAGCAGAGAUGAAGCCACACAACUUCCCAGCAAAGCUUCUGCAGAGGCAUGGCCUGGUUUGGGCUACUCGUUGGGUAGGGGAUGGACAGGACCUUAAAAUCACCCCCAUACAAGCUCCUCAGGUUUUUGUUUAUUUGCUUCUUUUCAAAGAUGAGGAAACUGAGUCCUGGAGAGGUGAGGUGACUUGCUCAAGGUCUUACAGCGUGGGCUCCCAAGUCUCUAGGACUGCUGCCCUUUCCGUUAGCCUGGGUGCUGGGACUCCAGCCUGGACGUUCCAUGUGUUGUUUUCAUCUCAAGAACAGGAACCUGCAAAGAACUGGCUGGACAGCAGAAACAUUUUUCUUGAGAGAGGCUAGGGCAGGCAUUUUACCCUAGCUCACUGUUCUCCUAUCUGAAAUAAUCCAGAAUACACACCAGGAUGCAGGGCCAUUGGAUCGCCGCUCUGCCCUCAGCCCCUAAAAUUCCAAACAUACCCAUGACAGCCCAGAGGUCACUCAGCCCAGUUAUGUCUGGGGCACUCUGAGCUGGCAGCCCCAUUGCCCACCUCUGCCCGUCUCUUCUGGAGUCCUUAGGCUGUAACUCUUAGAGGCUCUGGCUCCAAGAGGGGGUCUGAGUGGGGUCCAGGGCUGAUCAGAGUCCUCUCCCUUCAAAGGCCAUGCUGGGCGGGAGGGGAUCCCCUGCUGGGCUGGAUGGAGCCUCUGUCUCAGACUGAGGGCUGGGACAGUCAGGCUGACACACGGGCUUCAGGGACUCAGAGACGCGGGCUACUUGGAUAUCUCAUCAGGAAGAGAAUGACAGCCUCAGUGACUGCUGGGAUCAGCUGGGAUCACUGGGAUUUCAGGGUGUGGUGGGGGCCUUGAGGGGAGGGCUCUCAGUAGAGAUCGACCUGGACAGGGCUGAAGUCUGACCCUCAGAGAAGGUGAAUGAGACAAGGGAUUGAGUCUGAGUCUCAGCCUCUCCCUUCUCUCCCUCCCUCACCAUGUGGUAGAAUCAAGACUGUUCACCCCACUCCAGGGUUUAUCUUCUUGUUUUUGUUUUGUUUUGUUUUUGGUAAUGGGGUGAACAAUGAUGCCACCUUCUCACUAGACUGUAAAUAUCAGAACUCUGAAACUUUAAAUCUCUGCAGGUAGUGGGGUCGUCGGAGAUUAGGUCAAAGAUUUUCAUCACCUCCUUCAAGGCUGGGGAAUUGAUUAAGGGGUUGGUAAACUUUUUCUGCAAAGGGCCAGAUAGUAAAUAUUUUAGGUUUUGCAGGCCACAUAUGGUCUCUUUGGCAUCUUUUGUUGUUGUUGUUUGUUUUGUUUUAAAAAAAAAAAACUUUUUAAGAAUGUAAAAAUUAUUCUUAGCUCGAGGGCUGUACAAAAGCAGGCCCCAGGCCAUUCUUGGAAGGUUGUCAGCCCCAAUGACUCUUUGCAGACCGGCAGUGUCUGCAGCUGGGGACUGCCUCCCAGCCUCCUAGCCUGCCUUCAGUGCAGUGGCAACCUGAGCGUGAGGGCUGGGUCGGGUUCUGUUUUUCUUCUAAUGCUCCUUGAGAGAUUGGUGAGUGAAUUAUUUAGGCUACGAAUGAGACAGCUUUAGCAGUCAGACAAUAAGAGCCUGCUCUCCUGGAGGCCAGGCUGUGGGCUUUUCCACUCCCUCCCCACCCGCCUUGUGACUGUCCCGGAGGAGGGGAGAGGGCUCCAGCCCUCUGCCUGUCUGUCUGCUGCAUCCACAAGCCUCAGGGCUUUGAGCUGGGGGAUGAGCCUGACAGAAUGGGGAUGAUGCUGUACGAAUUCCCCCAGGCUGCCAACCAGCGCCAGCCCUGCCCAGCUGACAUCCUGCUUCCCUGACCUCCCUCAUCUCUGCUUCCAGAGAAGACCUCCUUCCUUUGGCACAUGCUGGGAUUUGCUAAUGCAUUUUUUUAAUCCCUCAAAGCCUCUGUUUCCUCCUGACCUAUUCGUAUAUGUAUUUGGUGGGCUCUGAGAGGUGUCCCUUAUAUGGCCAGAAGAGUCCCACAGGGCGAGGGGUGGCGGAGAAGGGAAAGUAUCCCACCUCCCAACACCAGCUACCUAGGGUCCUCUUUCCAACCAAGUCAACCUCUGUGCACAUUUAUAGCUGCUUCAGUGCAGUUUAGGAAUGCAAAUUAAUCUCCCUGGAGCAUAGGGGUCCUGGAGACAUUUGUCUUCCUUUCCCCCCUUAGUAGGAUGCCAUCUCAGAUUCCUGAAGUUAGCUGCUAUCCCCACCUCCUCAGCUGUGGAGGCCUCAGGAAGGUUGCCAACUACAGGAGAUUGUGUGGCUAAUUUCUGUGACCUCCUGGCAGUUUCAUUAAGGUCUGUGAGUGACAUCCUAAUUAAUGGCCCCAGACAGUUCCUAGAGUUGAGGCUGCAGCUUCUUAAAAUUACAAGCUUAGAGCUAGAAGGGAUUUUAGAGAUCAGUUCGCCAACUCUCUCAUUUGAUAGAUGAGGAAAGGGAGGCUCAGAGAGAUUAGGUAAUUUGCUCAGAGUCGCACAGUAAACUGGUAGCGUGUCCUGCCCAGUGAUCCAGACAAGUGCUCUUUACAUCACUGCACACUGCCUCUUUACUCCAGUAAAGACAGGGAGCCUGAAAAGAAGCCAGGAUUUUAGCACGGAUGAAUGUGAAAGAUUCUCAUUCCAAAAUCACCCACCCUGUCAGUGCAAGGGGACAGAACGAAGAAGAAUGGGAAGCAUUUAGAAAUAUAUACACAGAAAGAGGGAAGUAGAGACAAAAAGCAGGAAUUGAGAUCACUCAUUAAGAAGAACAUCAAAACACCACAGCACAGCACGAAAUAAUUAAAACUGGUGCCGCAUCCAACACAGUUGAUUUUUGUCCUUCCUGCAGGAGACAGAAUGGAGCGCCUAUCAACCUUUGGAAGACCUGUGAAGCCAGUCUUGAUGGCUUCUGGGCUCUUUAGACCCUACGGUGGGGGUCUGCAAACUACAGCCCAUGGGCCAAAUCUGGCCCAUUGACUGUUUUUGUAAAUAAAGUUUUAUUGGAACAUAA